GUCUAUCGAGUGCAUAAAGACUGACUCACAGGUCCAUUUGCUUCCAAAAAUUCUUCUCUUUUACAUCCAUCUGAGUCUCAUUAAUUUCAUCUAUUUUGAUCAUCAAUCUACACUCAGAUUAUCAAAAAAUCAUUGAAAUCGGGCCAAGGCAGAGCCUUCAUAUGUACCCCGCCUACAACAAAUAUUCAUCCCACAAUCCACAGGGAAAACCCGCCCUUUCAACCACCCACGACUCUCGAAAAAUCACCGAUAUGUCGUCGACCAACCAAGACGCAGCCUCGCUGCAAUACACUUGCAACACCUGUCUUGUUGCCUUCCAACGCAGCGAUGCGCAGAGAGAUCACAUGCGCAAAGAUUGGCAUCUAUACAACAUGAAGCGUCGCAUCGCUUCCCUGCCACCCGUCACUCUUGAAACUUUCAACGAAAAAGUUCUUGCCGCCAAAGCUACAUCCAACGAGGCCGCCGCCAAGGCUUCGUACGAAAAGACAUGCCACACUUGCAACAAGGCAUUUUACAGCGAGAACUCGUACCAAAAUCACAUCAACAGCUCGAAGCAUAAGCAACGUGCGGCUAGCCUACGUAAGGAUGGCGAUGCUGCCUCCGUCCAGAGUUCCGCUUUCUCUCUCGGCGAACCCGUGACCAAGUCCGACAAUGAUGUCAGCAAGGUCACUGAAGAGCUCAAGACUGCCACCAUUGAUGAAGAAGAAGAUGAGGAUAUGGAAUCUGAUAUCAAAAAAGACGAGUUCUUGGCGUCUCGCUGUCUCUUCUGCAAAACCGACUCUACCGAUAUUCACACCAACGUGGACCACAUGCGCAUAGACCACGGCAUGUUCAUCCCCGAGCAAAAGUAUUUGGCGGAUCUCGAUGGCCUCGUGAACUAUCUCUACCGAAAAAUCACCGAAAACUUCGAGUGCCUUUACUGCCACGCCAUCAAGAACGACGCACAAGCAAUCCAAACCCAUAUGCGUGACAAGAGCCACUGCAUGAUUGCCUUCGAGUCCGAAGAAGAACAAGUUGAAAUCGGCCAAUACUACGAUUUCCGGGGCACCUACUCCGAUGAUGAAGAUGAAUCCACUGCCGAGAGCGGUGGCGUCAAGGUGAACGGAGAUGGAGAGGACCAAGGUUGGGAAACCGACAGUUCCGCAUCCUCCGUCGACGAGGACGAUCUUGACUCAUAUCGAAAUGCAUCAGGUGCCUACGAGGCAGACUACGAGCUCCACCUUCCAUCUGGAAAGAGUGUCGGUCAUCGUUCGCUUGCCAAAUACUACAGGCAAAACCUCCACAAAUACCCUUCAGCUGCCGAACGCGCUGCCCGCCAGCUUGCUAUUGCCAAUGGAGAAAUCGAAGAGGAACCGCCCCGCAGCCGCAACAACCAUCACCGCGCUCUUAUCACUCGUGCCAACGGCGGCAUGGGUAUGAUUGGAGUUAGCGAAGAACAAAAGGAAUCUGCUCUCACUGCCGAGCGCCGCGAGAGAACUCGUGCCCUUCGUCAAGAGAACCGUUACGUUGCCCGCGUCCAAAGAGCCAACAACCACCAGAAGCACUUCCGGGAUCCCCUUCUGCAAUGAUCGCUUCACUACAGCAUCAACGGGAAAUCACAUCGAUCGACCGGUUUUCAUUCACGACAUCGUCCAUUCGAUGUCACCAACGAAACAUUCGCCAAUACUCGCAAUACAUCGACAACCAUCGCAGCUCUUCAACUUGCACGCUCGUUACUCCCGUGCCGCGAGCCUACUCGACUUUUGGCAACCUUUGGGCUUCCGCAAGCCCUUCGAUUCAGCAACAAAACAACCAAGUGAGGUACUCUUUCCGGGCCGGGCCAUUUUCUCAAAUGAGUUUUUCAACCCGGUGGGUUUUAACGAGGCCUCACGAACAUUGGACAACUUUAUGAUGGACGUCUUUAUGGAUAGCGAUUACAUGUUGCAUAUACCUUUUGUUACAGCUGUCGUCAUUGUGUCGUCAUCUCAUCCUGUUAUCUGGGGGAGUCUUUUGGGAAUAGCAUUCAUGUAUCUAGUCUGAGAAAAUCAAAGCAAAUCUGCUCAAUCAAUA